AGUGUUAAAAUUUUUUUUCUUUUUUCAAAAUGCCUUUGGAAAAUCUCGAGGAAGAGGGUUUGGAAAAGAAUCCAAAUUUGGAAUUAGCGCAAAUUAAGUUUUUACUCAGUUUACCGGAACAUAAGAAUGACACAACUUUGAAAACUAAACUCCUUGAUGCCAUCAAAGCCGACAAUAUGGCACCCUUUUAUGAAGAUGUAUGUAGGGAUUUAAAUUGGCCUGUUAACGUGGCAUUACUGUCAAAAAUGAAAACUCGGAAUGAGGAGCAAUUAAAAGAGCUCGAUGGUGUUAUUGAAGAUGCAGAAAAAAAUUUAGGCGAAAUGGAGGUUCGUGAAGCAAAUCUAAAGAAAUCUGAACAUUUGUGUCGAAUUGGUGACAAGGAAGGUGCAAUAUCUGCCUUUAGAAAAACUUACGACAAAACAGUAUCUUUAGGUCAUAGAUUGGACAUUGUUUUUCAUAAUAUAAGAAUUGGAUUAUUCUAUUUGGAUCAUGAUCAUAUUACGAGAAACAUCGAAAAGGCUGAGAGUUUAAUAGAAGAAGGCGGAGAUUGGGAUAGAAGAAAUAGAUUAAAAGUAUAUCAAGGAACUUAUUGCAUUGCCGUUCGUGAUUUUAAGCAAGCUGCAAAUUUCUUUUUGGAUACAAUUAGUACCUUUACGAGUUAUGAACUUAUGGAUUAUAAUACAUUCGUAAGAUACACCGUUUAUAUGAGCAUGAUAAGUUUACCGCGUAACGAAUUACGAGAUAAAAUUAUCAAAGGUUCUGAAAUUCUCGAAGUUCUUCAUAGUAAUCCAGAUGUUAAAGAAUAUCUUUUCUCCCUCUACAAUUGUCAUUAUGCCGAUUUCUUUAAAAAUCUCGCUCAUGUGGAAAGUUUAUUACGCAGAGAUUAUUUAGUAUUUCCACACUAUCGCUAUUACGUUAGGGAAAUGCGAAUUCUUGCAUACACGCAACUUUUGGAAUCGUACAGAUCAUUAACUUUGCAAUAUAUGUCAGAUGCUUUUGGAGUUAAGAUCGAAUACGUUGAUCAGGAACUUUCGCGUUUCAUCGCAGCAGGUCGACUACAUUGUAAAGUUGAUCGAGUUGGCGGUAUUGUUGAAACCAAUAGACCUGACAGUAAAAAUUGGCAGUACCAGGCAAUGGUGAAACAGGGCGAUUUGUUACUUAACAGAGUUCAAAAAUUAUCACGCGUCAUCAAUAUUUGAGUGUUGAUAAAAAAAAAAGUUUGUAACUUUAAAUUAUAAUUAAUUGCAAGACUAACACAUGUAGCCUUCUUUUUUUUCUUCUUAUUCUUCAUUUACAUGUGUCUAGAAUAAUGUAAUAUUAAUAGAAUUUUUAAAGAAACGAAAUAUAUUACUUGUAAUAAUA